AUGCGCGCAGAGAUUCCGCACGAAGGAGCGAUGGCCGACUUGGUCUGGUCAGAUCCAGAUUCGGAGAAAGAAGACUUUGCGAUAUCCCCUCGAGGCGCUGGGUAUACUUUCGGUUCCGGCGUGGUCCGCAAGUUUCUCGAAACGAAUAAUAUGCAUCAUAUUCUUCGCGCGCACCAGCUGUGUAUGGAAGGAUUUACUGUGCUAUUUGAUAAUAGACUCUCGACGGUGUGGAGUGCCCCAAACUACUGUUAUCGGUGCGGAAACUCGGCGAGCAUACUCGAGGUUGGACCGGGGGAGACGAUGCACUUCAACGUCUUUGAAGCCGCACCCGAAAAUCAGACGGACGGACCCAGUCAGCAGGUCGUGGGUGGAGCAGCCAAGCUUCCGGAGUACUUCUUGUGA